UACCAGGCUUUAUGUGCCGGAAGUUCAGGUCAUGGGAAGAGGUUGAGCAACACCUAAUCGAGUUACUUUUCUGACUGUCAAGCCUGGACGUGACUGUAACAUGGGAAUGCUUGACAUCAGCAAAGACGGGAGUUUUUCAGUUGAAAAGAAAUGGGAUGCAGAUAAGCCCAGGCAAAAUCUUUGAAGACCUGUUUCAGUGUUCUUUGUCCCCAAUUCAAAGCCAAAUCAACGCUGGAGUUGAUCACCAAGAUUACAGUUUGAGUCCCUGACCCCUGAACUCUAACCCUAAUCCAUCAUGCCCAACCGGUCCCAGAGUUCGGAUGUCGGGGACAACCCUCUAGACCCUAAUUACCUGCCACCCCACUACAGAGAAGAAUACCGUAUUGCCAUCGAUGCCCUGGUGGAGAAUGACAGAGAGGGCUACCUUGAAUUCCUCCAGAAAGCAGACGUGGUCGAUUUCCUCAGUGAACCAGAGAUUGAACACAUUAAGAGCACGAUCCAAACACCAAACCCUGCACCAACCUCAGCCGUACCGGAGCUGCUCUAUCAUGAGGCUAACGCAGACGGCUCGUCAGACACCUACUGGCCGCUACACUCUGACACCGCGGCGCCGGGACUGGACCUGGGCUGGCCUCCCCAGGCACACAGCUUCAUUGGCCCCACAGAGGUCACGACCCUGGUCAACCCCAGUGAACCCGAAAUGCCUAGCAUCAAGGAGCAGGCCAGACGACUCAUCAAGAAUGCACAGCACGUGAUUGCCGUGGUGAUGGACAUGUUUACCGACGUGGACCUGUUUGCUGACUUACUGGAUGCUGCUGCGCGUCAUGUGCCUGUCUACAUCCUAUUGGACGAACAGAACGCCUGUUACUUUGUCUCCAUGGUGCACAAAUGCAACGUCAAUCUGGACCUCAUCCACAUGAUGCGUGUGCGGACUGUGGCGGGGGUGACCUAUUUCUGCCGGACAGGAAAGUCUUUCAAAGGACAGGUUAAAGACCGCUUCCUAUUGGCUGACUGCAGAGCCGUGCUCAGUGGAAACUACAGUUUCAUGUGGUCCUAUGAAAAGCUUCAUCGCUGCAUCGCUCAUCUCUUCCUGGGUGAGCUGGUCGCCUCCUUUGACGAGGAGUUCCGGAUCCUCUUUGCCCAAUCACAGCCUCUCACCGUAGACCACGCCCUGGUGCCCGUCUCCUCGGACAACAGUUACUAUAGCAAACAGUUCGGCCUGAAGCGCACCCAGUCCCUGUUGAACCCCCGUGGAUUUCAGCGAAACACUCCAGAACUCCAGGCCUUCCCAUUGGGAGGAGGAGAUCUAGAGCGUACUGCGUUCCGUAGGGAUGACCUGUUCCGGCACAACAUGGAACCCGGAGGAGGGCUGACUUUUGGGAAGUUUGCGACUUCGCAGCAGUUCAGGAUGCAGCAGUCUUUCCUGGAGCAGGGCCGCUCCAUGGUCUCCAGGCAGAUGGAAAUAAGCGCCAUUGAUUAUAAGAGGCACAGCUAUGCAGAGGGAACCCAGGAGAGCUACUCCUCGUCCAGACAAUACAUGAAGCACAGGGUCAUGAAUAACCUGGAGGAGACUGAGCAGCAGUACCGCCGGGAGCAGGUCAGCCACCUCUACCAGGGUGGGGAGGUCCCUGGGUUAAUGCCGGGUCUGGGCUCAGGCAUGGGAGGGUCAGGGUCAGGCCAUGGACACUACGACAGGCUGAGGAACAGACUGGCCCUGGACCAGUACUCUGACUCAGGUUAUCCCCACGAGGAACCGCCUGGCUCAGAGGGCUACAGCAGAGACUACCUCUCCUCAGGGGACCUGAAACCCCACCUAGGGCAACCGCCGGCGGGCGACAGGUACGGAGGCGGGGUCGGUCAGAAGAGGCCGUCCGUGGGUCAGUCCUACGCCUGCCAGCCGUCCCCCACCCAUCCACACCCUCCGGAGAAGCAUCUGUUUGCGGCCCCUGCAGAGUCGGGGCAAGACAAGGACCCCAACCUCCGUAGCUGGAGGAUCAACUCCUUCCUCAGCACCUGUGAGGACCCCGGGGAAGAGGGGCUGUCCCAACCUAUGGGGCCCGAUGCCUUCGAAGAGCAAGAGUCUGAGGGCAAACCAUACGCCGCUGAGGGGCCUGCGCCCCGCUAUGGGGUGAAAGAGCCUCCCAAUGUCCCCUCUAAGCCUAGAGUGGACAUCCGACCGCCGCGCUACGGCAAGCCUUUCAUUCCCGAGAGAACGGACAGCCGGACCGCAGAGUGGGAGAGAGACAAGCUGAGGGAGGCGGGUGUGGACGUGGAGGUGCCGCCGUCGAGGGAGGCUCCGGGGGAGGUUGGGCUCUCCAAAAACGAGUCAUUCCGGACGCGGAUCAACCCGAUGCUCCAGAGGAGCUCCCGGCUGCGCUCUUCCCUCAUCUUUUCCUCCUCCAAGACAGAGAGCCACUUGGGAAGCCUUGGAAUGAAGGUGGCCGACGAGGAGGAAGAGGAUUCCAACCUGAUCCGCACUACCUCCAUCGUCCAGCAGAUCCUGGAGAAGAGACGCUCCAUGACCCGGGAACCGUUCGAGUGGAGGAAGAAGGCAGAGGAGGCGGAGAUGGAGAAGAAGGGGAAAGAGGAGAAAAUGGCGCAGUUGAAAGAGGAGGCCAAGCCAAUGGACGAUACCCUGAAUGUCACUCCAGCUAGCAGACAGGUGCCUAAGCACACCCUGGCAGAGGUGGAAAGCCAAAAGAACGACGCAGCAUCUACCAACCCCACCCAACCCCAGCCCAUAAACAUGAAUGACCCUGCCAGUAGAUUAAAAUACUUUAAAGAGCUGGCCGCUAAGAGGAAUGCAUCCAAAGAGGCUGUGAUGAAAGAACCCCCUCAGAAGAAACCAGAUCACUCAGAACCUCCUUCGUCCGUCACCACACCCACCUCCUCCACCUCGACUACUCCUGUCCCCUCUGUGUGUGUGACGGCUCCGGAGCCUGCCCCAAAGCAACUAGAAAUACCAGCCACACCAGAGCCAACACGCAAGCUGUCCCUCUCUUCAAUAAUGAAAACGUUUGAGCCGUCUUCUACCGCAGCCCAGAGAAAAGACAGUAGCUCGGAGUCAUCAAAGAAAGAGAAGGAGGCCAGUAAGACUCUGAAGCCGGCUCUUUCUCCGAAGAUCAUAAAGAGGGAACUGCUGAAGCCGUUUAAGAGCUCCAAUCCCCGCCGCGUCUCCUAUGACGAGGAUAUGCUAACGACAGAUGCAACGGACGCGGAGAAGAGCAAGCUAAAGAAGUCUCGCUCCCUUAGCACAUCAGGCAUGCUGCAGGCGGAGGUCAAGGAUGGCCUCCACAAGAACCUGGGCUCCAACACCUCCCUUAACUCCUUGGCAGGGGAGGGCAAGGUCGACGCCAAACCCAUGGACUUCAUCAAGAAGCAGACCCAGAGACUGAAAGGAUUCCUGGGAACCAAGGACAAGAAGAGCUCCGGCAGCGCUACGACAGCGUCCAGCAGCGAUGACAAGGGCAUGAGUACCGUGCCGGAGAGCUCAGAGGAGCCUGGGACUGUCGGCAAACCCCUGAGCUCCCCCACCGCCGACACUAAAACCAUUGAAUACACCCCACCCGCAGCCAAUCACAAAGCUGCGUCCAAAACGACCAGUCCAUCUCGCUACCAUAGCUCGGGCGGCUCGAUUCUGUUCAGCAGCAACUUGAGAGACGACACCAAGGUCAUCUUGGAACAGAUCUCCGCCAACAGCCAGAAGAACCGCCUGGAGAGAGGAGGAGGAGAGGAGGUCAAAGUAGAGAAGGGGGUAGAUGUGGAGGGAGAGGAAGGAGGACUGCAGAGAGGGUCGUCCAUUCGAAACAGCCGUUUCCAGAGGCCCCCGGUCAACCCUCAGGAGAGAGAAAGCCUGCUGAAGAGGAUGGAGAGCAUGAGGAAGGAGAAGAAGGUCUACAGCCGCUUUGAGAUGGGGAAUAACCUAGGAUAAGUAAAGAUGGCCGAAGUUCCUAUUGACUGGAAGCUGAGUAUGUGUGCGGAGGGGCACCCAAAUUCCCACCAACACACACACUCACACACAGUUUGCCAAACGGAACAUCAGAACACCAGAAGGUGGAAGAGUUGAUAAAACAGCAGAUACCUCCUGUGACAUCAGACUGCAGUGUUCCUGGAUACAGUCCGAUACAGCACUAAUCCAUUAACGGACUGACUAAAGCCUGAGCUCAAACUGUACCCACUUGAGUGCCAAGGCAGGCCUCAUCUGGUUUAUUUUAUUUUUGUGCCUUAUAUGGAAGUAAGAAAGAAUGUGAAACAGACUCCCUCACUAUGGGUUUAUGGGACAACUCUUCACCAACUCACCACCGCCCUUCAUCAAACACCUUAAGUGGGAAAAAGAGAGUGUUUGUGUCUGUGAAAGAGAGAGAGAAACUGAGAGCAAUGGAGAAUGGAAGCUACUGAACACAUGCUCUGCCGUCAAACAUGCCUGUACUGAGCUGCACACUCCCAAUGCCAGUGUGUGUUUGUGUUCUAGUAGAAGGGAGUGUGUGGAAACUGGUAAUGUUUAAAGUAUUUCUUUGGGUUUACUUUGUGCCAACGAAGCUUCAGAUUUCCUCGUAAAACGCAGAGACCUAUUAUUAACCAAUCUCCAAACUAAAGACCUAGGAGGGAGACAGAGAGACGAAGACAUGUAGAAAGAGUUGGUGAAAAUUAGAGAGGAGCAGAAAAAGUGAGAUCAUAGGAGAUGGAAUGAGAUGGGCCGACGGAGUAAAAGGGAGAAGUGAUCAUAAACAUAGUCAGCACGUGGCUUGCAGGGCUUUACAAAAAGUAUUUUAUUGAUGAACUACUUUAGAAGACAAGUAGAGGUUGAAAUGGGUUCGCUGACGCCCCAGUGUAAAUACAGAUACAGUUACAUGCUCUUUCACUAACUGGACUGACUGUAGAAAGUAGGAAGUGAAAUUUUUACAGUAAACCCCUUCACAUAUUUUCAGGUCAGACAUCACUUUAAGUCAGUCUUGGGUCCUGUCUGUCUCUCCAUUACACCCCCCCAAAAAAAACAAGGACAUGAACAGUCAGUGAGGGAAUAACAAAUAAUUAAUUAAUGAUGAGUGAUAUUGUAUAUAUUUUAUAAAUAAAAGGGUUUAUUGUUGGUGCUGUAACAAGUGAUAGCCUGCAGUGCUGUUACCGGGCUUUAAAAGACCAUUGUCUUGUUUCGUUAUUAACAGGUUUAGUAACUGUAAUAAGACAAUCCAACUCAAUAUCAACUGGGAACAUUUUAUUUUAUAACUGUGUUUUACGAUCAUUUUUAUUAAAAAGGUGCAUUGUAAUAAAGUCUGUAUGUGGCCAAAGCAGACAAUUGCUGAUGUGUGUGAAUUGGAUGAUUGAGUGUGUGGGAUGGUACCUUGGUGUGUUAAGGUGUAAAACCUACCAGUCACAGCAGCCAGGCAGCCCUGAUUGAACAAUGCAGGAUCAAUGAGUUUUCUAGUUAACUUGCCUAAAUAAAAUGAAGUAACUCUUGAUAAGCAAUGAUAAACAAAAUUGGUAUGGUCUACUUUACUUUCUUAAUUAAACGUGGAAAUAGUUAUUUCUUGUUGUUUAUUGAAGUGGGCUGGCUAACUCAUUCAUUAUGCUUUGGAAUUUCCUCUCUGGACCCCCAGAGAAUGAGGCUGACAAACUAAUCUAAACAAAGUCAAACAAUUACACUGACGCUGUACGAACAAAACAUUUCAAAGCAACAUCCAGGUACCAUUAAAUAUGAACAAAACUGCCAUCUACUGGUAGUAUACUGUUUUACUAUACUGCUGAUGACCAAAAAACCCACCAUGACAUUGAGCUAGAUCCAUCAAGGAAAAAGUAUAUUUCUGGUUAAGUCUUUGGUUUUUAUUGCCAGUAAUGAGAUAGAGUGGGAGAAAGAGAAAAUGCUGAGAGCACUUUAUUCUUGUUUUAACCAUAGAAUCCUCUGUUUCUUUCUACCCUUCUGCCCAUUGUGAAGGACAGUAUCCUUAGCACUUUUCUGUCAAGCAGAGUGGCUAUUAGGAUCAUGAGUGUCUAAUACAUUACAUCAGGGCAACAAGGGUCCUUGGGCCAGUAAACAGAAGGUUGUUGGUUCUAAUACUGAAGCCGACAAGGUGAAAAUAAAAUGCCAUACAUGUCCAAAACGUAACUCUACCACCAUGUUUCACAGAGUUGGUAAGCUGUAAUUCAGGGCAGAUAGAUUUUUUAUUCAACCUUUCUUUCUUAUUGCCAUCUCUGGUACAGGUACAUUUUCAACUCAUUACUCCAUAAGACAUUCAGUUUCAGAAGUCUAAAAGCCCUUUCAGUUACAUUUUAGCCAACUGUACCCUGGCCAAUCUUCUGUGUUUUCAUGACACACAUCUACGCCUUUCUCCAGGAGAGUGUUACUAAUUAGUUGGACUGAAAGUGUUCUUCUGUCAUCCCCUGUAUUGGUUUUCCUUGGUCAACCUAGUCAUUUGCCAUUGUUAAGCUUACCAGUGCCUUAUUUUGUCUUAAUAUAGCAAACAGCUGAUUUUGCGACUCCUAAUGUGUUGGCUAGGCCUCUAAUCGAUUUAUUCUUAUUCAUCUGAUGGCAAGUAACAAACUCCAAAAACAAAUGCAAAGGCUAGAAUUACGAUUAGACAUUCAGAGGUUUUUUGUGCAUGCACUAACAAGGCAGGCACACACUUGCUUAAUAAUAAACAGCUUUGGAGCCAGUUGUCCAAAUACCUUUUAUAUUACUAAAUACUUGUUAUGCUGUAAUUUCUAAAUUGUGAAUUUGAUAUGGAUGAAAAUUAAAGCAGACGGUAUCCACAUUAA